CCAAGCUCCGAUACAAACGGUCGCUUCUUUUUCCCCCGCCGAAAACUCGCGUCCCGAGUCUCGCGUGAUACCGUGCAGGCGAACAGUUACGCUCGAUUCACUGGUGAGUUUGGUGGUGUACGAGACGCGUGCAUCGUUUUUCACGUCGUUUUCACAUCGACAGCGGUUCAGUGAAUCUGAUCGAGCGAGACUCUCUGGGUAGCAGAGCAUCUUGGACUUGCCCGUCGUUCGUUUCCGCGAGUUUCGUGAUUCCACUAAUCGCGCUAUCAAUAAUAAAAGAAAAGAAGAUAGAGGAGAACGAAGGAAAGGGAGAUCUAGUGCGCGUGUUGAAAGGCACGCGAGUCGUUUGCGGGAGAAGGAACGUGUGAAACUGAGAGAACACAAAUCUGUCCGGGUGAAUUAAUGGGGUGCUUGUGCGAAUGUGACCUGGCCACCCCGCGUACGGGGACCAAUUGCUCGUCGGGGUCCUCCUCGGAUAGUGACGGUCAGACUGACGAAGGUUUCGUUGGUGAUUCGCAGGGAUUCUUCCGACGCAGCAUUCAACAGAAGAUCCAGUACCGGCCCUGCACUAAGAAUCAACAGUGCAGCAUCCUGCGUAUCAACAGGAACCGCUGCCAGUAUUGCCGCCUCAAGAAGUGCAUCGCUGUCGGAAUGAGUCGCGAUGCGGUGCGAUUCGGCCGUGUGCCCAAGCGCGAGAAGGCCAGGAUUCUGGCUGCUAUGCAGCAAAGCUCCCACAGCCGUUCUCAAGAGAAGGCAGUAGCGGCCGAGCUGGAGGACGAGCAACGGCUUCUGGCUACUGUUGUGCAAGCACAUCUCGAUACAUGCGACUUCACCAGGGACAAGGUGGCCCCGAUCCUGGUCAGAGCUCGAGAGACGCCUAACUAUACCGCCUGUCCGCCGACCUUGGCAUGCCCCCUGAAUCCGAAUCCUCAACCGUUGACUGGCCAGCAAGAACUGUUGCAAGACUUCUCGAAGAGGUUCUCACCGGCGAUCCGCGGUGUGGUGGAGUUCGCGAAACGCAUUCCUGGCUUUAGCCUGCUGGCACAGGACGACCAGGUCACGCUGCUGAAGGCCGGCGUGUUCGAGGUGUUGCUGGUGCGGCUGGCCUGCAUGUUCGACGCUCAAACGAACAGCAUGAUCUGCCUGAACGGGCAAGUGCUGAAACGGGAGUCCAUCCACAAUAGCAGUAACGCCCGGUUUCUCAUGGACUCGAUGUUCGACUUUGCCGAGAGGGUGAACUCCCUGCGGCUGUCGGACGCGGAACUGGGAUUAUUCUGUUCGGUGGUGGUGAUCGCCGCGGAUAGGCCAGGAUUGCGCAACACCGAACUGGUCGAGCGUAUGCACAACAAACUGCGAAACGCUCUUCAAACUGUUCUGGCACAGAACCAUCCGCAACAUCCCGACAUCUUGAGAGAACUAUUGAAGAAGAUCCCGGACCUGAGAACGUUGAACACCCUCCACUCGGAGAAGCUGCUGGCCUUCAAGAUGACGGAGCAACAACAACAAAUGCAAGCUCAGCAACAGCAUCAGCAGCAACAGCAGCAGCAACAGCAACAGCAGCAGCAGCAAACGCAGCACGUGAUCAAUGCUCAGCAACCGCAACAGCAACAACAUUGGCCGAUGGAGGAGGAACCACCGGCGUCUUGGGGCUCAGCCUCGGACGUGACCCUUGACGAAGCUGUAAAGAGCCCACUGGGCAGUGUGUCGAGCACCGAGAGCACCUGCAGCGGAGAAGUCGCCUCUCUGACGGAGUAUCAUCACGUAGCCCCGCCGAGUGGACAUCACGCGUCCAGCGCUCCUCUUCUGGCUGCUACUCUGGCUGGUGGCCUCUGUCCUCAUCGUCGUCGAGCAAACUCCGGGAGCACGAGCUCCGGCGACGACGAGCUAUAUCGCGCGUCACUCUCGAAGACGCCUCAACCACCUCAGUGUCCACGAUUCCGCAAGCUAGACUCGCCGAGCGACAGCGGCAUCGAAUCGGGCACCGAGAAACCGGACAAACCAGCGAGCAGCAGCGCCAGCAGCGCACCGACCUCCGUCUGCUCGAGCCCCCGCUCCGAGGACAAGGAAGUGGAAGACAUGCCGGUGCUGAAACGAGUGCUUCAAGCACCCCCGCUGUACGACACCAACUCUCUGAUGGACGAGGCCUACAAGCCUCACAAGAAGUUCCGCGCGCUACGCCAGAAGGACAGCGCGGAAGCCGAGCCAGCGGUGAUCGUGCAGCACACGCAGUCGCAGCUUCAUCUCCACCUAACCUCGCCGCCGGCUCGAAGUCCGACGAAUCAAGUGCAAGCUCAAUGCCCCCAAACAGCGAGUCUGUUGAGCAGCACGCACUCGACGUUGGCCAGGAGCCUGAUGGAGGGUCCGCGAAUGACGGCCGAGCAGCUGAAGCGCACGGAUAUCAUUCAUAAUUACAUCAUGCGCGGCGAAGCAAGUCCCAGAUCGCCGACGGCGUCGCCCUCGCCGGCGGAGCAGUGCGCCUCCACGACUACGAUCACCGCGCGUUCACCCCAAGGAUCUCAAGGACUGCUGCAGUGCGCUACCAGCAGCUACUCGACGAGCAGGUGGCCAGCCACGUCGGUCAUCACGACGACGACGGGCGCCCGGCAGCAGCAGCAGCAGCAACAGCAGCAACAACAACAGCAACAACAGCAGCAGCAGCAACAGUCUUCCUCGGACUACCUCAUGGUCGGGAAUUCGCCGGCCUCGUCGCCAAGGUACCUGUCCGCGGCGGCGACGAGUAGUACGAGCACGAGUCCACGGCCUGCCUCGAGUACGGCGGCGACGCUCGUCCUGUCCGGCUGUCCGAGCAACAUGAUGGAGCUACAGGUGGACAUCGCGGACAGUCAGCAACCGUUGAAUCUGUCGAAGAAGUCGCCGUCCCCGUCGCCGAGGCCGUUGGUAGGCCCAUGCAAGGCGUUGUCUCUCGAGGCGUAG